AUGUCUUCGCUGCCGAGUCCCAGGGUGUCUCUAGUGCGUGCGUUCACGCAGGUCGGAAUUGAUUUUAGUGGUGCCAUUAAUAUUAGGAGUAAUAUGCAACACAAUUGUAAAUACACUAAGGAAUACAUAUGUCUAAUAAUUUGUUUGGCUACGCGUGCUAUUAAUUUGGAACUUGUUGGUGAUCUGUUUACGCAUUCUUUUAUCAAUGCAUUGAAGCGUUUUAUAUCUAGGCGAGGUAUAUGUACUAGUAUUCAGUCGGACAACGGCACGAAUUUUAGAGGUUCACAUAAUGAAUUGAACGUAUUAUACGAAAUGUUCAAAAACGAUAAAUCGUAUACUAAUAUUGUUAAUUUCUGUAGUAAGGAUAAAAUAGAAUGGAAUUUUACUGUGCCUUUAGCUAGCCACAUGGGUGGUAUUUACGAAGCAGGCAUCAAAUCUGUAAAAACUUUACUCAAAAGACAGUUAUGUAACAGUAAGUUAACGUAUGAGUUGCUAAAUACUGUACUUAUACAAAUUAAGGGUAUCCUCAAUAGUCGUCCGCUGUGUCCUUUGACUGACGAACAUUAUGAUAUGCCGUGCUUAACUUCGGCACACUUCCUCAUAGGGACGCCUAUUGUGGACUUACCAGAACCAAAUAUAUGUAAUGUUACCGAAAACAGAUUGUCAUUGUUUCAAAGGAUUACUCGCUUCAAACAAAUGUUCUGGAAGCAGUUUUAUAAACAGUAUUUGUCUGAACUACAGGUUAGAUCUAAUUGGUUAGGCAAGUGUAAUAAUCUAGAAGUAGGAUGUGUUGUUUUAAUUAAGGACGAGAAUACUCCACCUGCCUGUUGGCCGCUUGGCAAAAUUAUUCAAGUCUACAAAAAUAGUAGUGAUAACUUGGUUCGGUCUGCAAUUAUAAAAACUGCCACUGGUGAAUAUCACCUUCCUAUACGCAAGCUUGUAUUAUUACUAGAACAGUAG